AAGAGACGUUCAUUCAUCGUCAUAUGAACGCGUUUAUUCUGAUGAAAACAUCAAUAUAAACGCAGACACUCUGAUGAGCGAGAAACAAACGCGUCUGAUGUGAAUGUGCGUCUGUACUGUGGAAUGAUGGUGGAUAACCGGUACGCCACAGCUCUGGUCAUCGCUGCUGUUUUAAGCGUCCUGGCGUCUGUAUAUCUGUCGGUGUCGGUCGGUUCGCCCCACUGGUACCGGUACACGAGCCCGCCGGUGCACGCGGAGCACAACGCCACCGAACUGCGCGCGCUGCAGGAAGAGUUUCUGGAUGGAGAGUUCGACGAGAAAACCGCGAGUGACGCGCUCUUCCGCAUGAACGGAACGCUCGGACUGUGGUGGAGAUGCGUUCAGACGCACCCUGACGCGCACUGGUACAAGAAACCCGAUACACAGAUGGUUUUGGAGUGUGUAAGUUUCACUCCGUCACAACAGUUCACACCAAAAUACAAAGAACCAGGAAACCACAACAGUGGAGAAGACAUGAUACGAACAUCUUUGCAGGAUAGAGGACGAACUCUGAUUUCGCUGCUAUUUUAA